AUGCAGAUCUCUGAGAUUUAUGCCCUUGCCGCUGGCAGCGUUCUUGCCAUGCUUUUUGUACUCCGAAUCCUUUACACCUUGUCAUUUUUUCCAUUCCGAGGCAUUUGUCUGUUUGUUCUCAAGAAUUUUGUUUAUCCUCGCUUUCUGCAUCGGUCACGCCUCACUAAUUCCAUUUCUUGGUACCGAGUAACCGUUCAGGCUAUAUACUGGUCAGGAACGCUUGUUGCUAAUUUCGUUCGGGUGAAUUCGAUUUCUGAUGCAGGGCUUAGAGCUGGAACUAUAGCUAUCGUAAACUUCGUCCCACUCCUCUUGGCUACUCCUUUCAGCAUGGCUGCCAACAUCCUCGGAGUAUCGAUUUAUAGCUACCUGCAACUACAUGGCUCUAUGGCUUUCAUGACCGUUGCUCAGAGCGUGUUCCAUUUCUCUGUUAUCCUUUUCAAACGAAAACCAUCGUGGAAGGACCCUGUAUAUCUUAGUGGACUUCUUGCAAUAAUAUUCUACGGCCUACUUCUACUUCUACCAUUAUUUAGGAAGAUAUGGUACGAGAUAUUCCUAAAAACCCACUACGCUCUUGCUCUUCUAGCUGCCGGAUAUUUGUGGCAGCACGUAAAAUCCACUAGAGGCUUCGACCAGGUAUAUAUUCUAGUUGCUAUAGGAUCUCUGGUGGCCACAAAUCUUUAUCGGCUUCUCGGAAUUGUUUACCUAAACGUUAGGUUAAAUAAUUGGAGGAACUCCGAAUUGAAAUACUACCUGCAGGCAUCUAGACUUACAAUCCGCCUUCCUCGUCGUAUGCCCAUCAGCGCAGGUCAAUAUAUCCAGCUUUGGGCCCCAGGUACAAGUUUUUGGGCUUUCGCACAAAGUCAUCCAUUUAUGAUAUCGUGGUGGAAUCACGAACAGACUGAGAUCCAUUUGCUCCUACAAGAGCAAAGCCGAGGAGGUUUUGUUCAAAAAAUAAGAGACCGAAAAGAGUUUAAGUUCUUAACUUGGAUCGAUGGCCCAUAUGGAUCACCGCGGGAUCUUAGUAAAUUCGGAACCGUCUUUUUGAUCGCUUCGGAUAUUGGUAUAGCUGCACAACUGCCCCACGUAAGACAGAUUCUUCAGGCUUGCCAGCAAUAUACUGCCUUGACCCGGAAGUUGGUUCUCAUUUGGCAAUUCUGCAACGAAACUGAUCUAGAUUGGAUUAAGGACUGGAUGAACGAGAUGAUUAAGAUCGACGAAACGUUUAUCUUGAAAGUUUUACUCUACGACAGUUCAUCAAUAAGCAAAUCUAGAAAAGAAGGAAGAAAAGAUUCCUUUGAAGUUAAAAAAGGCGCUGUUAAUGUUCGAGAGCUUCUAACCGAACAAAGCGGCGACUGUAAAGGGAGGAUAGUAGUAAAUGGUAGGUUUGGAGAGAUUUCGUCGCAUUAUUUACACUAA